GAACACAAUAUAAUGAUAUUAGUUAAUUUAUUUGCAAACGGUUUUUAAACAAUGCUUUUAUUUUAGAGUUUAUUUGUGUGCGCGGUUAUGCACUAUUACUAUAAAUCGCAUCAGUUGAUCGUUUUAAUCCGUUUGUGUUAAGUGCAUUUGCAGUUGCCGUAAAUUUGUUGUUGCGAAUUUUUGGCAACAGCAGCCAAAACAAUAACAAAGCGAUUAUUGCAUGCUGACUAAGUGAAGCGAAAGCUGAAGUCCAAAGACAAUCACACAAACAAACACAGGUCCACCAACAAAAUAAUGAGCGAAGCGGAUUCAACUGUCAGCAUUGCGGGGCCAGCAAAUGGCACUCGCUUCAUGCCACCCGAGGAGCUAGCAAUGCAAUCAUUGACCAAACAGCUGUUUAAAUCAAGACUCUUUCGUGGCAUUUACCUCGAGCGUUGCUUCGUGGAACAGUUGGGCGGCUACCGGGAUGUUAUAGCACUGCAAUAUACUGAGCGUGACCUAGAGAAACAGUUGCUGGGCAGCGCAGUGCAAUUGCAAAUGUUCUAUCAACGUUUCGUGCCCAAUAUGUGGAUUGGCAUAACCAGGGGUAGCAUUGGCACCUAUAAGCACACACCACAUCCCGCACAACUCGAGACAUGUGUGUGGACAGAGCUAAGCGAUUUGGCAUUUGGCGAAUACUGGUUCAGCAUAAAGUCGAUACGCUUUCGUGCCCAGGAAAUUCAAUUAAAACUGAAAAUGAUACGAGCCGUUGAACCGGAAGCAAUGGCAACGCCACGACGUUCCUUGUCCUUGAGAAGACCGAGCAGCAACAGCAGGAUACCCGCUAUAACUGCCGGCGACAGUGCUGCACCUGAAAACCUUGUCACGGAGGAGCAACAAAUGUCCUCAAUUGGCCUAGAAGACUUUGUGCAAGUGCUGCAGCAAUGGCGUCAAUCAGUUGUAACGACAAUAUACGAAUUUAUGGCGCACGAUGUCAACAAACGCAAUAUAAUAGGAACCAUACGCUUCCUGGGCCUGCUCCUUUUUUCGAUCAUGAGCGGCGCUGCUGUUGCCCUUCGUUUUAUGGGCAUUUUUGCCGUACGGUUUUUAUUCGAGAUUAGCCGCUUUACACAUACCGCGACACCAAUUAUUUUUAAACUGCUUGAGUUUAUUAACAAGAUAAUUGGUGCAUUUUUCAUUCUAAUCACGAUGAUGUGGAAGGAUUUGGUUGUAAACCGUGGCGGGACUGGCCAACAACCAAUGCCGCUGGAAGCGAACAAUCGCUUCAAGAGUCUCACUUAUACUCCCUCAGAGCCCCAUCGACGUACUCCCCGCAACGCAUCAUCAAAUUAUCGGUAAUCCCAGCUACAUGUGUGUCGUCCAAAUUGUUUAGUAAAAUAUACAUUCUAUAUAUAUCAAUCAGCAUUUAGUCAGUACUGUAGAUUCUGGGGAUAAUGUUUUCCUUUCAAAUUGUGUUAUUAGACUUAAAAUAAAAAAACAACAAAAAUGCCUUUCAGUUCCUUGGAAUACGUUAGCGUUUGUAAUAUGGCAAACCUUUCAGAUAUUUCAAUCAAUAUUUCUGCAUCAUUUUUAAUGUGUAUUUUACCAAUUUCGUGAACAAUCGCAUACUUAUUAAAUGUAUGCGUUAAUUAUUUGUGUAUUGUUUGCAUGUACUAACUGUAUUUCUAGUAAAUUGUAUAAAAUUGUUGGCAAUAAAAAUAUAUUAAAACGAAAAUAUGGAUUUUAUUAAAAUGACUUUUGAUCCUUUGAAUUUCGGUUGUGGGAAUCUCCAGACCUUUCUGAAAUUGCAUUAAAUAUAUCUGGAGGUGUAAACAAAUUGAAAUAUAAGCAAUAUAUUUAUUAAUUUAUUAAAGAACUGUGAACAAUAAAUAUCAGAUUAAAUUUGAGAGAUUGAAAGAUACAAACCCGAUCUGCGUUUGCCCAAUAAAUGAAAAGAAUUGCGAGCUCAGUUUAGUUUUAAUAGUUAUACACUUUCAUUUUAUUACUUUACUUGAUGUUAUUCUCAUUAAAUUGUUGUCAUAUAUAUUUAUGUAUCUAUAUAUGUAUACUAGUAUAAUUUGUCGGUUUUGUCACUAAAUUAUACACAAAUGAUCUUGUUGUGUUUUAGUUUGUUCGUUUUCGCUUUCCUUUUUUUUUGUUAUGGGUUGUUAUGUUCUCCAAACUUUUGAAUAGGGCUGUUUACCGAUCGGCUGUAUACUCCAUA